UCUUUGAUUCUUGAUUCAUUCAUUCAUUUGAGACUACUUACUCUAUCUCUAGCUACUAGAUUACAAUUGUCCAAGAUGGUUCGUGGUACUUUUAUGAUGAACUUGGUAUUCAUAGCUUUGUAUGCUUUCAUGGCUAUUUCAAAUUCUCAAGCGGAAGGAACAAACACGAGUACUUCAGCGAUUCUCAUAACAGUUGACCAAUCGGGCAAAGGUGAUUACAAGAAAAUACAAGAAGCCAUUGAUUCAGUGGCGUCCAACAACGCAGAGCUCGUGUUUAUUAGGGUUAAGCCCGGAGUAUAUGAAGAAAAAGUUAUGGUUCCGGCGGACAAGCCGUUUAUAACAAUAAGUGGCACAAAGGCAGCUGACACGGUUAUAACAUGGAACGAUAGUGGGGACAUAUUCGAGUCUCCAACUUUCUCUGUCCUGGCCUCUGAUUUCAUAGGGCGUUACCUCACAAUUCAGAAUACAUAUGGAGCUGGUGUGAAAGCGGUGGCAUUACGGGUGUCUGGAGAUAGAGCAGCAUUCUAUGGGUGCAGAAUUUUGUCUCAUCAAGACACCCUCCUAGAUGAUACUGGGAGGCACUACUACAACAACUGUUACAUUGAAGGAGAUGUAGACUUCAUAUGUGGAAAUGCUGCUUCUUUCUUUGAGAAGUGCCAUUUGCAUUCUCUUUCGGUAGGAACCGGGGCCAUAACGGCCCAAAGGAGAAUGUCCCCGGCUGAGGACACCGGGUUCAUGUUCUUCGGGUGCAAGAUCACCGGUGUCAAAACAGCAGUGUUGGGAAGGCCUUGGGGUACAUAUUCAAGAGUGGUCUUUGUCUUCACUUACAUGACUAGCGCCAUACUGCCACAAGGUUGGGACGAUUGGGGAAACUCAGCCGACCAAUUAAGAACCGUAUACUAUGGGCAGUAUAAAUGUUCUGGACGGGGAGCAACUACAUCGAAACGAGUAGAAUGGGCACGCGACCUUACGAGCGAAGAAGUCGAACCCUUCUUGACUAAGGACAUGAUUGAUGCCAAUGCUUGGUUAAGGUCAGCACCAACCAGUUUCAAGAAGAAAGCACUCAGUGCCAAUGACACCAAAAAUUAAGAAUUAAGGAACAUAUACUUUGAUUGACUUUGUUCGUUCUUGUGUAGUUAUGUGUAUGAGGUACUAAUGAAUAAACAAUCUGUAGAGAGAUUAAUUUGGAACUCUCACAUUGUUCACGCUAAAGAGGGAUCAAUUUUAUAUAUGCACGAAUGCAGUUUG